GUUGUGAGAAGAUAUAUUUUAGGUGCCGUCGUUGACAGUGAGAAGAAUUACGUGGAUGCUCUCAAAAGGAUUCUUGAGCAAUAUGAGAAACCCCUGUCAGAGCUGGAACCCAAAUUACUGAGUGAAAGAAAACUAAAGGUGGUCUUCUAUCGAAUUAAAGAAAUCCUUCAGUGUCAUUCAAUGUUCCAAAUCGCUUUGGCCAGUCGCGUCUCUGAGUGGGAUUCUGUUGAAAUGAUUGGAGAUGUUUUUGUUGCAUCAUUUUCUAAGUCUAUGGUACUAGAUGCAUAUAGUGAAUAUGUAAACAAUUUUAGCACUGCAGUGGGGAUUCUGAAGAAAACUUGUGCCACAAAACCUGCCUUCCUUGAAUUUUUAAAGCUAUGCCAAGAAUCUAGUCCUGAUAGGAUUACACUUUAUGGCUUAAUGAUGAAACCCAUACAACGUUUUCCUCAAUUCAUCCUCCUGCUACAGGAUAUGUUAAAGAACACUACUAAAGGCCACCCUGACAGGCUGCCUCUGCAGAUGGCUCUCACAGAACUUGAGAUGCUGGCAGAGAAACUGAAUGAAAGGAAGAAGGAUGCAGACCAGCGAUGUGAAAUAAAACAGAUUGCAAAGGCCAUGAAUGAACGAUAUCUAAACAAGUUACUUAGCAGUGGCAACAGAUACCUCAUACGAACUGACGAUAUGCUGGAAACUGUUUACAAUGACCGAGGGGAAAUAGUCAAAACCAAAGAACGACGGCUGUUCAUGUUAAAUGAUGUAUUAAUGUGUGCUACGGUGCAUUUCCGUUCUUCUCAUGAAAGGAGCAGCAUUGUGACCGGCCAAAGGUAUUUACUAAAAUGGAGCGUGCCCCUUGGACAUGUGGAAGUCAUAGAGUAUGGGAGUAAUGAUGGUCAAGACGAGAACUGUAGGUUCCCUCCACAACAUUCCUCUGAGAAUAUUGUUGUUAAUCCUAAACCAAAUAAACUUUAUAUGGGACCAGGACAACUGUACCAUGAUUUGCAGAAUCUCUUACAUGAUUUGAAUGUAGUUGGCCAAAUUAGUCAACUGAUAGGCAGCCUAAAAGGACACUACCAGAAUUUAAAUCAGUCAGUGGCACAUGAUUGGACUUCGGGUUUACAAAAACUUAUAUUGAAGAAAGAAGAUGAAAUCCGAGCUGCAGACCGCUGUAGGAUUCAACUUCAGCUUCCAGGGAAGCAGGACAAAUCUGGACGGCCUACUUUCUUUACAGCAGUGUUCAAUACUUUCACCCCUGCAAUCAAACAGUCUUGGAUCAACAAUUUACAAAUGGCUAAGCUUGCCUUAGUUGAAGAGAAUAUAUUGGGUUGGUUCUGCAUCGAUGAUGAUGGGAAUCAGAUAAAAAAAGAGAAGCAUCCUCUUCUUGUUAAACACAUGCCUGUAAUGAUGGCCAAACAACAGGAGUUUAAGGUUGAAUGUGCUGCUUAUAAUCCUGAACCUUACUCAUGUGAAGAAAGUGAUCCAGAUCCUCUUUCCAUAGAACAUGGCUUUCUAUGGAUUGGCAGUUGUACUAAUCAAAUGGGCCAAAUUGCCAUUGUGUCAUUUCAAAACUCCAACCCAAAAGUUAUUGAAUGCUUCAAUGUAGAAUCGCGAAUUCUUUGCAUGGUCUACAUUCCAGAAGUGGAGAAAUGUAAAAGCUCGGAAGUGCCUUCUGAUCUGGAAGAUGUGUCUACAAAGCCUUCCAAUGUGCCAACUGUUUGCCUGGGCACAGAAGAAGGAAGCAUCUCCGUUUACAAAAGUAGUCAAGGCUCAAAGAAAGUUCGACUUCAGCACUUCUUCACUCCUGAAAAGUCCACUGUCAUGAGUCUAGCAUACAAAUCCUACUAUUUGUUUGCUGGUCUUGUCAAUGGCAACAUUGUCAUCUACACCAAAUCAGAAGAUGGCACCUGGAAUUCAGAACCCCAGAAAGUAGUGAAGUUGGAUGUUUUGCCAGUGAGAAGUCUUCUUGUCAUGGAAGAAACCAUUUGGGCUGCUUCUGGUGGACAAAUUUUUAUAAUUAGUACUGAGACACAUGCUGUAGAGUGCCACUUUGAAGCUCAUCAAGAGGAAGGGAUGGUGAUUUCCCAUAUGGCUGUGGCAGGAGUUGGAAUCUGGAUUGCCUUCACAUCAGGAUCUACACUUCGCCUUUUCCACACAGAAACCCUUAAGCACCUCCAAGAUGUGAAUGUUGCUACUCUUGUUCACAAUAUGUUACCAGGACAGCAUCGGGUCUCUGUAACCAGCCUUUUGGCGUGCUAUGGCCUCUUAUUGGUUGGGACAAACCUAGGGAUUAUAGUAGCACUCCCAGUUCCUCGUUUGCAGGGAAUCCCAAAAGUAACUGGAAGGGGAAUGGUCUCUUACCAUGCACAUAAUGGCCCAGUUAAGUUCCUCGUAAUGGCUUCCAUGACAAACAAACGUAACAAAAGCAAAUCAAGGCAUAGUCUGAGUCAACCUCAUUCAGCAUCAAAAGAUGAUGACCAAAAGAACGUUGUUCACAAUGAGCAACACGGUUCCUCCCUGAGCAACACAGAUGACAAUGCUGUUUGGCUUGGAGAUUCAGUAGGCUCUAUUGCUCAAAAAAGUGACAUGUCUUCAUCUUCAGGGUCUCUAACGCUAUCUCAUGAAUCCUCCACCACUGAACACAGGCCCGAGGAGAGCGCUGUCUAUGAGCUUUUGAAAGAUGUUGCUCUUAAUCAAAGUAAAAAACAUAGAUCCAAAGAAGGGAAAGCAAUUUCUGUAUUAGUUAUCUCUGGAGGCCAAGGGCAUAGAAAAGUGAACAGAAAAUCUAAGCCACAGCGACCGGACGAAUUGGUUUCAUCUGUGAUGAUUUGGCAGAUUCCACUAUUAAAUAUCUAAUAUCAUGAUGCAGUAUGACUCUGUAAAAGACAACAUCUUUAGCUCCAGAAAAUUCAUUAUGAUGAUCCCUCUUCAAAAGAGUGUGACUCUGUAAAAGACAUCAUCUUUAGCUCCAGAAAAUUCAUUAUGAUGAUCCCUCUUCAAAAGAAAAUGGUGGUGGUGUCAUCAUUUCAAAAGGAGUUCUAAGCUACGGUGCAACUUUCCUACGGUCUGCUCUUAUGGCUAGUUAUAUAGAUGUCAAUAGGACCAAUUGUUCAAGUAAGACCUCUAAAGAUAUCCCAAGACCUCCCUUUAAGAACUGUCUAGAAAAUGCUUAACUCUUAAUGCUUAUCUGUGUAACAGAAAUAUAACUUUAUAAGUAUUUCAGUUCAUUUUAAGCUGUUUUUUUACAAUGUUGCCAUUAUUUAUAUUCCUGUUUUAUGGCCUUGAUCCCUACAUGAGAGACAAGAAACAAAUAGUAUUGUACUGAUGGGCCUUGCUUUCUUAAGUAACCUCUUUUUACUAAGCAAUAUCCUGCAUGUGCUGCAUAUUUUACCCAAGGUUUUUGAGCAAUAACUAUUCCAAUAUAAUCUCAAUU